CCAUUGAGAUCGGUGGGUUUAGGAAGAGUCUAGAUGAUGAUGAGACACCUGACAGCUAUUGGUGAAACGUAUGCCCAAACUACCCUUGAAGAUGCUGCUUGGAACCUAUGGCAUGUAAAUCCUUCUCAGGCCAGCACAUCUACAUCUUCUUCUUCUUUAAACAAUCCAAAUCCUUUCACAAAUAUUGUAAGACACCAAGGAGGACACAAUACUGGGGUUGGGGGUGGGUCCCUCAUCAGAACCAUGCCAACUCCACUUGUCCCGGAUGUUGACUUGUCAAACAUAAUCGCCAUGGUUGAAACCGUUCGUGAAGUCCUUCCCCAUGUCCCUGAUGAAUUAAUAUUACAGGGAUAGGGACAGUGGAGGUGGUCAAGUGAGAUCCCGUUGCUUUUAUUGGGGUCUAGUGUUUAUAUUUGGGACUGGAUAAUAAGUAGGAAAAUGGUUGUUUAUACCGUAUAUCUUCAACCCAUCUGGCUUUGAAU